CAACAAGCAUAGCUUACUGAGAUUGCUGCAAUUAUGGUUUGUUUUGAUUCUUCUAAAUUAAUUUAAAUCGCAAAUUUAAACUGAUAAUGUUCGGGAAAAUAUUGCAAAAUCGGCUUUUGCUGAAAUUAGCUUUCAAAAAUCGAGCAACCGCGAGUGGCAGUCGGUAUGUUUUCGGAAAGUGUUAUUAUACAACCGAUUUCCGGCCAACGUCUACCACCGCAAAAGAGCACUUGCAACCUAACGUGACCUUUCACGGAGUCUGGCCGGCAGACGAUCAAUGCCGAUUUUUGACCGACAUGACCGUCAUUACGGACUUCAUCACCGAACGGGAGGAGCAAACGAUGCUCGAGGAACUGGAACCGGUGCUGAAACGCAUUCGAUAUGAGUUGGACCAUUGGGACGAUGCGAUUCACGGCUAUCGAGAGACGGAACGGAAGCACUGGUUUCCGGCGAAUCGGUUGAUUCUCGAUCGGGUAAAAGACGUCGCUUUCGAGGGUGAAACUUUACCCUAUGUACAUGUGCUGGACCUGACCAAGGAAGGGGUCAUAAAACCACACGUGGACAGUGUCCGAUUCUGUGGGUCGACAAUCGCGGGAAUCAGUUUGCUUACCGAUUCCGUGAUGAGAUUGGUUCGAACAAAUGACGAGGAGCAAACGAACGAGGAUUAUCGACAAAUUUUUGCUUCCAGUAGGGAGGAUAAAUUUUGGGCAGAUGUACUUCUCUCGCGACGGUCCCUGUACAUUAUGAAAGAUUUUACCCGGUACAAAUUUACCCACGAAAUACUGGUGGGUGACGAGUCAGUUUUCAAAGAUCGCAAGGUGGAAAAAGACCGCCGAGUUUCUAUCAUUUGUAGGAAUGAAGCGUGAUAGUAUUCUUUUUUUUAUCAAACUGUAAAUAAAACUUGUUACGUUCUAUUUUAAACG